AUGUCAUUUAACGCAAUCUCUCAAAGAGUAUUGGCUAGAUCCAAAAAAGCUGCUACCAACAAUAAUCAAAAGACCACUGCCACUUCUAAUUCCAAAUCUACCUCGCCAUCUAAAAAUGUUUCGUUAGCCACCAAUGCUUCUACUGCCUCUUCCGCCACUGCCACCACCACUGCCCAAGCCACUACCGCAACUUCUGGUACUGGUAUCAAACAAAGCAAAGCAAUGAUUAGAAAAUUAAAAUAUGUCAAUACAAGAAGAAAUCUUAGAAAGAUAAACCAAAAGAAAUUGCCUGUAACAUGUCUCUCUGGAUUCCUUGGUUCUGGUAAAACAACCCUUUUAAAUCAUAUCUUGACUAAUCGUGAAGGUUUAAAAGUAGCUGUCAUUGUUAAUGAUAUGAGUGAAAUCAAUAUAGAUGCAAGAUUAAUUAAUAAGGAUUUUUCCAUUAGUAGAACCGAAAGUAAAGAAAUGACAGUUGAAAAGAUGGUAGAAAUGCAAAAUGGUUGUAUUUGCUGUACGCUGAGAGAAGAUCUUUUGGUGGAAGUGACCAAGCUGGCCAAGUCAAAGAAAUUCGACUACUUGCUCAUUGAAAGCUCUGGUAUCAGUGAACCACUCCCCGUGGCCGAGACCUUUACCUUUGAAGGAGAGGAAGCCAAGACACUGAAUGAAAUGACCCGACUCGAUACCAUGGUGACGGUGGUCGACGCCAGCACAUGGAUGUCAGAGUUUAAGAGUGGAGACACCCUCGCCGACAAGAACAUGGGUGCCACUGAAGAGGACGACCGAACCAUUGUCGAUCUACUCAUCGACCAGGUUGAAUUUGCCAACGUCAUCAUUCUCAACAAAUGUGAUCUCGUGGAGACCGCCCAACUCAACCAUCUCGAAGGGUUGAUUCGCCACAUUAACCCAGACGCCAAGAUCAUUCGCUCGCAAUUCUCCAAAGUGCCACUCAAGAGUAUUCUCAAUACCCGGUUGUUCAACUUUGAACAUGCGUCCCAGAACCCAGGUUGGUUGCAAGAAGCAAGAGGUACACAUGUCCCAGAGACGCUUGAAUAUGGUAUUAGCAACUUUACCUACAAGGCACGUCGUCCAUUCCAUCCAGAGCGUGUUGAAUCGGUCAUUGAACGUGGUGUCACUAUCUUCAAGUCAGUGCUCCGAAGCAAAGGGUUCAUGUGGAUCGCAUCUACACCCGAGCUCAUUGGUCUCUGGAACUUGGCCGGUAUCUCGCUCACCCUCACCAACGCCGGCUACUGGCUCGCCGACCUCAAGAAACACGAGUACCCUCCCGCAGACAUGGUCGCCACCAUCAAAAAGAGUUGGGAGGAGCCCCACGGAGACCGUAGACAAGAGGUUGUCUUUAUCGGAGUCGAUCUCGACAAAGAUCUCAUUCAACAAGAACUUGACAAGUGUCUAUUGACCGAUGAAGAAAUGAAAUUAGGUAAGACUGAAUGGGUAACUUGGAAUGAUCCAAUUAAACUUGAUGAAGUUGAAGAAUUUGAAGAUGGUGAAGAAGAAGAAUAUGAAGAAGAAGAAGAAGGUGAAGAAGGUGAAGAAGAUGAUGAAAGUGGUGAAGAAGAUGAUGAAGGUGAUGGAGAUGAAGAAAUGCAUGAUGAAUAA